GAGAGGCAACGAGGCAGAGCUGUGUCGUGCGCACCGCGGACGGACGGACGGACGGGCAGACAUGGACGGCUCCACGGAGGAAGACUACAAAGAGAAAUUAUUAUGGAACGUCAAGCGGGAGGUGAAGCAGAUUAUGGAGGAAGCAGUGACUAAGAAGUUUGUCCACGAAGACAGCAGCCACAUCAUUGCUCUGUGCACUGCCAUCGAGGCCUGCCUCGGUCACCUGCUGAAGAGACGGGCAGCUGGUUUUCUCCGCAGCGACAAGAUCGCUGCCCUUUUCACCAAAGUCGGUAAAGUGUACGACACGGCCGCCGAGGUUUGCCGCAAAGUGCAAGAGCAACUCCAGCAGCAGGCCGAUCUCACCAGGAGAACCCAGAGCGUGGGCCAUGAACCUCUGAGGAGACAGGGCUCCUCCACCACCAGCCGCCCCCCACAGCCCCUCUCUGCCCAGGCCAUCAAACACAUCUGGGUCCGGACGGCUCUCUUCGAGAAAGUUCUGGACAAGAUAGUUCAGUACAUCGUGGACAACUCCAGUAAAUACUAUGAGAGGGAAGCUCUGAUGCAUGACUCAGUCUUCGGUCCCAUCUUGGCAGCUCUACUGGUGGGGCCCUGCGCUCUGGAGUACACCAAACUGAAGACGUCAGAUCAUUUCUGGACAGACCCUUCAGCCAAUGAGUUGGUCCAGCGCCACCGUAUCCACGGGGCCCACCGGGGCCAAGACACCUCAGCCGGCCGCCGGCCUGCUCUCGGGAUCCGCAAGAGGCAGUCCAGUGGCAGCAUGUCAGAGGACAGGUUUGCUGCAUCAGCGAGGGAAUAUGUGGAGUCUCUUCACCAGAACUCCAAAACACACCUCCUCUACGGCAAAAACAACGUCCUGGUGCAACCGAAGAAGGACAUGGAGGUGUUGCGUGGCUACUUGUCCCUCCACCAGGCUGGGGAUAACCUCACCCUAAAGUGGACACCCAACCAGCUCAUCAAUGGAACACUGGGAGACUGUGACCUGGAGAAGAGUAUCUACUGGGACUAUGCACUGACCGUCCCUCUGCGCCAGAUAGUCUGUAUUCACUGUCACCAACGCCCUGACUGUGGUGGUACGCUGGUUCUGGUCAGUCAGGAUGGGAUCCAGCGGCCGCCCCUCCACUUCCCCCCUGGUGGUCACCUCCUGGCCUUCCUCUCCUGUCUGGAAACGGGACUUCUUCCGCGGGGUCAGCUGGAGCCGCCGCUCUGGUCCCAGAAAGGCAAGGGGAAAGUGUUUCCCAAGCUGAGGAAGAGGAGCAGUGCUGCUAGGCUCAUCGACCAGGACAGGAACGGCGAGGAGCAGACAGCUGCUGACUACGUGUUUCGCAUCGUCUACCCUGGAUAUCGUUACGAUGCCAUCACUAUAAACUACCACCACACCACGGGCAGCCGCGCUCCGUCGCUGGACGAUGACGAGGAAGAGGAAGAUAGGCUCCAUGCUAUGAUCUCAAUGAUCUGCUCGCGGAACCUCACAGACCCUAAUGUCAUGAAAGACCACGGGGAGAUGAUGGAGUUGCAGGGCUUUGGAGGCAGCCCGUCGUCGUGGCAACAGGCAGAAGUAACCACUCACGAUUCACUGUGCCAGUCCUGCUCCAUGGCCGGUAGCAACGUGUCAUUCGACUACCCGGCCGGCUGUACCUGCAUACACAACCCAUCAGACAUUCACACUAUUCCUCUUAAGAUGCUGUGCCAGAACAUGAAGCGGCAGAUAGUCUCUAGAGCCUUUUAUGGAUGGCUGGCCUACUGUCGACACCUGUCCACCGUACGGACUCACCUGUCAGCUCUGGUCAACCACAACAUCGUCCCCCCAGACAGACCCUGUGAGGCAUCCGGGGGCCUCAGCAAGGAGGUGUGGAGCAAGUACCAGAAAGACUGCAAGAACUAUAAGGAGCUGGAGCUGCUAAGGCUGGUUUAUUAUGGCGGAGUGCAGCAUGACAUCAGGAAGGAGGUCUGGCCUUUCCUGCUGGGGCACUACAAGUUCGGCAUGGGUAAAAAGGACAUGAGCCAGAUCGACGCGAAGAUCAGCGAGCGCUACCAGCAGGUUAUGCGGGAGUGGAAGGCCUGUGAGGUGAUCGUCAAGCAGAGGGAGAAGGAGAUGCAGUCGGCUAUCUUUGCCAAGCUCUCGUCGGGCAGCAGCAUCGACAGCCACGUCCUGCGACUCGUUCACAGAGACUCCACACUCAGCAACGAGGUGUUUAUGUCGGUGGACGAGCCGGACACGGGGAGCCAGGAGACCCCCAGUGGAGAGGACAGUACCCCCACCAUGACCAACCUGGUUCCCCCUGCAGCCCUCCCUCCAGAGGAGCGCCCUCUGGUGGAGUUUGACUCCCCCGACUCGGGCCUCCCCUCCUCCAGAAACUACUCAGUGACCUCUGCUCAUUCCCAGAUCCUGUCCAGCAUAGACGACGGUCAGAGUACAGAGGAGGAAGGGGGGGGAGGGGAGGAGGGCAGGACUCCAGGUGUGCUGGGGGAGCGUCAGGACUCUCUGACUGAAGACAGGCUGUGCAGUCAGCUGGACAAACUGGUGACCAAUGGAACCGCUGCAGAGGGGAUAUCACCUUCACUCUCCUCAUAUACGAUCGAGCUGUUGGACACAGUCGCCCUCAACCUCCACAGGAUAGACAAAGAUGUCCAGCGCUGCGACCGCAACUAUUAUUACUUCACCACAGCCAACCUGGAGAAACUACGCAACAUCAUGUGCAGCUACGUGUGGGAGCAUUUAGAGAUGGGCUAUGUUCAAGGCAUGUGUGACCUGCUUGCUCCACUCAUGGUCAUCCUGGACGAUGAGUGCCUGGCGUACAGCUGUUUCACUCAUCUAAUGAAGAGGAUGAGUCAGAACUUCCCUAAUGGCGGAGCCAUGGACACACACUUUGCCAACAUGAGGUCACUGAUCCAGAUCCUGGACUCGGAGCUCUUUGAACUGAUGCAGCAGAAUGGAGAUUACACUCACUUUUACUUCUGUUACCGCUGGUUCCUGCUGGACUUCAAGAGAGAGCUCCUGUACGAGGAUGUGUUCGCGGUGUGGGAGGUGAUCUGGGUGGCUCCCAGGAUUUCCUCGCAGCACUUUGUCCUCUUCCUGGCCUUGGCCCUGGUCACAGUCUACCGCGAGAUCAUCAUGGACAACAACAUGGACUUCACUGACAUCAUCAAGUUCUUCAACGAGAUGGCCGAGCGUCAUGAUGUCCAACAUAUCUUGAAGAUUGCUCGUGAGCUGGUUCACAAAGUCCAGUCUCUGAUGGACAACAAGUGACUAUAGAGGAGGACGAGGAGGAGGUGGAGUGUCCGUCCCGACAGGACACUCAGCUCUUCCUCUCAUCGGUCGGGGUGUUACCAGGCCUCCUCCUAUCCAGAGCAGGUCCAGGGAGUCCAGGUGUCCUCCCUGCCCAGAUGAAGGCCCUGGGAGCGGGGCAGGAGCGCUGCAGAGGUGGCCUGGCUCUGGAGCUUGGCCUCAAUCUGUUUACAUUUACCUUCACAUGGAAUGCCCAUGGUGUCUGUUCAGACAUGUGGAUUUGUCUGCAUGCUUGUGAGUUUGAUCACACUGUGAACGCAUUAUUGAGUCUCCCCAGUCCUACAGAGCUUGUGUGUGCAUGAAAACACUCUCUCUCUCUCUCACACACACACACACACACACACACACCAGAACACAUCCACACACAUAUACUCCCACUCCGAAACAACAUUGGCUCUAUCAAUACAAUCGUUUUCUAGUGUGUGUAGAGUGUCACCCUUUUCCUGACUGAAGCGGAACACGUUGGAUGCGUGUCAGGAAGGCUGCAGCGAUGCCAGUGUUUGACAGAUGUGUUCCUCCGUGCAGUGCCAGCGGAGGGCGUGAGGGCAUGGGAGCGCAGGAUUUACAUACAGCAUUGUCAGAGGAGCAGAAGACUUAGCCACGAAGAAGUUUUCAUUAGUGACCAAAUGGACUGUGCCAACUACCUUUUCAUGAGUGUUUUCUACAACAAGCAUGUGUGUUUUUACCCCACCAUGUCCACCACCACCCUUUUUCUUUUCGUCCAAGAGUUCAUUAUCACACAAAUGUUGCCUUUAUCAGUAACAGCCCAAGGCACUUAGUUGCACUUUCUGUGCAGGUUUCCUUCAUGGUGUCUGUGAAGGCCUCACCAGAGUCCGGAGGCGCCACAAGAAGCCAAAUUGUUGAGAGAGUGAAGAAAAGAGGGUGAAUUGCAGCCAGUUUUCCUGAGCGUGUUAGUCAGUGGUUAAAGCAUGUUAAUCCUUUUUCCAAGUCAGAAGAAACAUGGCAGCAGAGCACAACAGAAAAAUACAAAAGCACACAGGCCUUCCUCUUUAUCUGAACUUGUACCAAACCAUCUCUGUUUUGUAGUGUGAUUUUAGUUCAGGGCCAAAGCUCCCACUGGGGACACUGAGGCUUUGUCUCUGGUCAUACUUCUGGGAAACGGAGGAGGAAUUCUCUUUGAUUAAACAUUCUGUGAUUACACACAUAUUACAUAUUAGGUUUUUAAGGCAGGUUGAUAUUUUUUAGAAUAAAUAUCUUAAAUGUGACUGGUUUUAGGCAAAAAAAGGAUUGAAAUUAAGGGAUUUAGUAUUAUCCAACACCUUUAAGACCUUUGUGUUGCGAGAUACAAAUGUACAACUUUUAAAACUUUUAGACAGAGUGAAAUGAAUAAAAACAAAGCUACAUUUGAUGAUUUUUCCACCUCUGCUCUUAUCCCCUCAUGCUUUGUUCAGUUGUUUUAAUGGCUAGUCAAAAAUUUCUAAGAGGAGUUGAGUUGCAUUUUUCUUAGGAGCGGAUUUAGCUUCUGCAAGGCUGGCUGAAGCUUCAGAGGACAUUGAGCUGAAAAACACAGUGAGUGUUACAGAUCUGAGGCGGGUUAGAAGUAGACAUGACGGGCUGAGAGAAAGAGGGGAUGAGAAAAUGACACAUGAUUAAGAAAAAACUUUGAGAAUGGAAAGAAGGUAACUGAUUAUAUUUCCCAGUAUCUAAAGGUGGAUAUUCCUUUAAGAAUAAGGCUUGUAUUAUUCUAUAGUUUUGUCAUUGUCAACAAAUGCCAUGAAAAGACAAAAACCAUUCAGCUUCUCUACCCUGCCUGUGGUGUCCACCAAGGCUAAAUCUUUAAAACUGGGUCUCACAUACAGAGUUUUAUUUUUUAAAAAGGUUCCGUAAUUUGACCAAACAGCUCAACGCAGUUCACAACAAACUUAAUGCAAACAAGAUCAAAUACUGCUUUUUUAGGGACUAUUUUCAGAGGUGGAUUAAUACACAUUCUGUGCUGUACUUGGUAUUUAUACAGGAACAGGGUAGAAAGUUUUUCUCAGAUUUAGAAAGGAUUAAAUCCUGGGAAUAUGUCCAGAUUUUCCUGGGAUUUCCACAGUUUCUUGCCAUAAAUGAAGUUUAAUCUCAAAUACAGUCAUAUUAACAAUAAAAUGACAUUUUUUUAUAAUGUUCUGAUACAAUUCUUUUGUUAGAUAAUGUGGUAAUAGUAGAGGUCUGAAGAAGGCUCCUUGUUUCAGUAAAAAUCCUUAAAAAAAACAAACCUGCAGGUAAAUUUCAGUAAUCAACCCUAAGCAGGACAGUGUAUGUGGGAUGGGAUGGAACAUGUGACCCAGUGUAAUAGUGUGUCUCUCUGAUGUGUUUUUAAUGGAGCUCUAUGGCACAGAGGAAUGGGAUACGUCAGGCUGUGGAUGCAAACACGAUACUUGUUUGCUUGGUUUGGUUCUGCUCAUGGGAUUGGUUGACAGUAAGACAACUAUAGAAUAUUGCCAGGUAUGUCCUUUAAAGGAAUCCAUAGUUUCCUUUGGAACUGGAGUCAAACAUGCUUACUGAUCUCAAGGCACCGUGAAGUCUGUUCAGCGUCUGCAUUGUCAGGAAAAGUGGUUGCAAUCGUCCACGUUGAACCUGAUUUUCCUCCUGCCUGAAUUCCAGCCUCUGAAAAUAAACACGUGCUUGGACUGGGUUGGUCUCCGGAACAGAUCUGUGGUCCCAGGUUUUAAAAAAGAAAUACCUGAGAAGAAGCUGCUUUUGAUGCCAAAAUGUUCUAGUAUUCAGUGAGUCAGUAUUAAGUUGGUUUUGGCUUCACAGUAACAGCACAGAAUACAUUCAUGUUUAUAUCUGAAGGGAAGUUUUUGAUACUGUGUCCAAUCCCCCUCAUCAGUGUGACCCUUUCCCUCCACCCUCCUCUCCUCCUUAAAAUGUCCAACACGGCUGCAUAUGAUUGGUCAUCCAGCACGGACCUGCACCUGUGAUUCAAGUGCCAAGAGUCUUCCCCAAUCCUGAAGUGUACUGUAGUCAUCCGGCUCUCUGAUUCACUAGUUUGAUCCCAGGAAUGGGCAGUGGUGUGGAUGUACCUCGCUACGGCCUCCCCCUCCCCCACCCUGCUGCCUGGCAGUGGAAGAGGGUCGGCGGGGGAAUCCAGGGCCCAUAGCAGAGCUUUUUCUUCCAAUCAGGACCUUGUGUACCAAAGCCUUGAAACAGCCCCCUCUGUGGCAUGACGACAAUGUGCAAUUUCAUACUGCAUCUUGAAGACUGACUGUUUACUAUGUGUGUAAAAUAUUUUUGAAAAUGGUGAUCUUGGAUCUUUAACUACUGUGCAAUUUCUGUCGUUUGAGAAAAUCCAUCAAAGUCUAUAUUGCUGUAAAUACAAACCGAAGCCCAAUAUUUCUAUGAAGACAGUCAGAACAUAUAUAUAUAUAUAUAUAUAUAACUUAUUUUGAGAUCUAUUUUUUAUGUUGGUUUUAGCAGCACUAGCUGGAGGUGUAUACUGUGCAGAAAUGCAGAAUGUGCAGACUAUGUUACACGUUGACUGUUAAGUGUUCUUUCUCAAUGUUGUGCACUGAUUUCAAGAUUUCAAAUUUCUAUUUAUUUAGAGAGCCAAUGAUUGCAUUGCUGAAUAUGUAUUGGUAAGGAUGUAUCAUUUGCCUUGAAUGUAAUGUAUUAUUAAAUAAGAGGUUGU